GGUACCACAGCCUCUGGAAGUGGAACAUCCGGGACCCAAUCGGCUUCCCAAGAAAUUGCAUCAGAGGAUCUGCAAUCUGGUGCAACUAAUGAUGAAAUGAUCGGCAUUGAAGAAGCUCCGGCCUCCGAGGUAGCCGAUACUACAGAGGAAACAACGGUAACUGCAGAAAAAGAGGUAGUUAGGCCCCAAACGCCACCCCAGCAACUACUUCAAGCUGUUGAUCCAGGUACUCCUACAAAGGGUGGCAAGAGAAUGAGCAAAUCACAGGAGUACAGAAUCACCCCGCCGGACGAAUCUCUACCAAAGGAUGUCCAGCAGUAUAUGAUUGCAAACGAGCUCUGUGGACAGUGUGGGUGUUACCAUAAGGGGAAGUCCUGUCCUGCAGCUCUCCAACCGCAAAAAAGAUUCCCAAUCGAAGCCUUGGUGGGGGGACAUAUGAGGACGAAGGCCAAGGAGCUAAAGGAACGUGCAAGAGAGCAGAAACAGCGGCAAGGGAAGGCUGCAUCUGCCUCUACCUCAAAACCAGCUGCAACAGCAGAACAGAAUGUUGCCGUCGUUGUUCCCCUAGUGUGUGUAAAGUGCAUGCAGGCUGGGCACACAGUACGAAACUGUCCUCGAUCGGACUGCACACACUGUGGGUCUAAGGAUCAUGUCGGCGUUAACUGUCCAACAAGGAUAAGGGCCGAUGCACUAGAAAUUAUGCAAAAUAAGAGUACAUAUGGAUGGAUAUGUAAGAAAUCGGUGACAGCGGAAGAAAAUCUAAAACUCACAGACUCUCUCGAUGGCAGAGCCUACUGGAAACUCUGUGCCAGGCCGGCAUGCGGAAGUCAAGUUUAG